AUGAGCACCAUCCUCAUACCAACCGGCCCUCCAGGAUCCGGCAAAUCCACCCUCUGCAACGGCCUCCAACAAUUCAUGCGCGCCGUCGCCAGACCAUGUUCCGUCGGCAAUCUCGACCCAGCAAACGACAACAUUCCAUACGAGGCCUCAUUCGAUGUACGGGAACUGGUCAACAUCGAGGAAGUGAUGGAGCGGGAAGAAUUGGGGCCGAAUGGUGGCGUUUUGUGGGCGAUGGAGGAGGUCGAGGCCAACAUUGACUGGCUGUUGGAGAGACUCGAGGACUGUGAAGAGACCAUUCUCCUGGACCCGCCUGGGCAGCCUGAGCUUACGACACAUCAUACCGCACUCCCUCGGAUACUUCACCGGUUGGAGAAAGCAGGAUACCGAAUCGUCAUCAUCCAACUCCUCGACUCGAUAGUGUUGACACGGCCCUCACUUUACCUUUCCAGCUUGAUACUAUGCCUCCGAGGAAUGCUGCAUCUCCCAUACCCGGUGGUCAAUGUCUUAACCAAGAUCGAUAACCUCAAAGCCGUUGGUGGCGCCGACUUGCCAUUCAAUCUGGACUUCUACACCGAGGUCCAGGAUCUGCAUCAUCUGCUACCAUCCCUUGCCCAGGAACUCCAAGCAACUCCAUCGGCCUCGAGCGAGAAAUGGGAUAAGCUGAAUGAAGCGCUCAUUUCAUUGAUUGAAGACCACGGCCUUGUCGGCUUCGAUACAGUAGCGGUUGAGGAUCGGCAGAGCAUGGCCAACCUACUCCGAGCGAUCGACAGAGCAUCCGGCUAUGUCUUCCAAGGAGCGCGAGCCACGGACGAGGAAGGACGAACAAUCUCCGACGAGGCGAGCAUCUGGGCGCAGGCCAUGAACGAAGGUUAUGGCAAAAUGGAGAUUCGAGAUGUCCAGGAGCGGUGGAUCGAGCGAAAAGAGGAGUUUGAUGAGUUGGAGAGGAAAGCUUGGGAAGAGGAGGCCCGGUUGGCGGGUGCUUUGCCCGAGGAACCAGCGGCGACGGUCAAGCGGAAAGAUGCUGAAGGUGAUGAGAAUAUGGAUGAGGAGGAGGAUGAACUGUUGGUAGAGCAGAGAAAGUGGCAAGAAGAGAAGGCGAAGAAAGGAGGUGGCAGUGGAACUGGGUUUGUGAAGAAGUGA